AUGGAAAACAGCAUUGAGUUUGUAAGUGAACAAUAUGACUGGUUUCCAGCUUUCCAGAAGAAAGUGUCCACAAGACUUAAGGAACUUUCAGCCUCACUUAAUACUUUCUCUAAGAAGGUAAACGACCUAGCGCAAGCCAUUGACAACUUGGAAGCCUACAGCUAUUGGUAUAACCUAAAGCUUGUAGGAAUACCUGAGCUACCUGACGAGACUGCGAUGGCAACGGCCAACCUCUGUGUCCUUGGUGCUAGUGUUACCACCAAUGACAUCGAUAUAGCGCAUCGUGUUCCGAAGAGAUCUACAAGGAGUGAAGCAAGAGGUCUUCGCACAACGCCAUCAUAUGCAAAUUUACCCGUUGGUUACCCAUUCCAUAGAUAA